GCUACGCGGUUCCCCAAAGACACUUUCAAUUCCCUGAAAUACCUUCUUGGCGCGCCUGCAAAUGCCGACGUUGUUUCAUACUACACCACCAUUGCUACCCCGACCCUCGUCGCGUCCACCCGCUUCACUGUUGGUAUACCAAAGCCGGCAGGGAAAACAUGGGAGGUGGAAGAGCUUGUCGCACACCAACUAGCCUACGUGAAACAUCUCGCGGAAGAAGCGGCCGGCGAACGCGUUCAGGAUGUCGUGAUUACUGUGCCUCCGUACUUCACUCAGUUCGAGCGCGACGCUCUGGCAGACGCCGUCGAAAUAGCUGGUCUCAGGUUACUGACGUUGAUCAACGACGGUACGGCAGUCGCGAUUAACUACGCCAUGACGCGUUCAUUCCCAGAGCCCGAGCGACACAUCAUCUACGAUGCGGGCGCUUCUUCUACGCGCGCUACUAUCGUGACGUUCUCAACAGGCUCAGGGGAUGCGAAGGGUAACAGUGCGAAAGAUACGACUUCUGUCACGGUAAACGGCAUUGGGUACGACAGGGUCGUUGGAGGCACCGAAAUUGACAGGCGUUUGAGGGAGAUCCUCAUCGCGGAUUUCUCGAAGAGGUACGGAAGAGAUAUCCGCAGUGACCCAAAAGCCAUGGCCAAGCUUUGGAAGGAAGCUGGUCGCGUCAAAGCGAUUCUGAGUGCGAAUUCAGAAGCUAUGGCUACAAUUGAGAGCCUCGCGUAUGAUAUCGACUUCAAGACCAAAGUUUCUCGUGCUGCGCUGGAGGGCAUGUGUUCUGAUAUCAAACACCGAUUCGCACAGCCAAUUUAUGAUGCAUUGGACGAGGCUGGGCUAACACUC